CGAGCGAUUAUAUCUUCCUAAUUCAUAUUCCGUUCUUGGUCCGCCAUCUGAUCGGGUUAAUCCCAUCAUUGGUGCUUCCAUUGAGAGCCAUACUGUGAGAUAAGGCUGUGAGAUUAUGGCCGGACGAAGGACGAGACGUAACCCUGCUACUUCUGCUCAGUCGACGGUGAGGAGUGACAACCCUGAGCAGGGUAUGAUUGUUCCUGUCAAUGGGUUGGAAACAACGCUAAAUAGUGUGGCUAACAUGAUGGCCAACAUUAUGGAGCGAUUGGAUAAGGCUCUUCGAGGUCCAUCCGGAACCCGGGAUAUCCCACCCGGGCAACCCCGCCAGGUCCUGCGUACUGCGAGUUCUCCUAUCCUACAGGAGCUCCACGAUCCGGAGGAGGUUGAAAGGGAAAGGCGAGCCAUUGACAGACGCCGGGUGGAGGAAUUGGCCCGGAACAAUAAGGUGAACGAAGGCCAGGCUAAGGAUCCAAGCCGGAUCUUCGGCGAUGGACACAAAAACCCGCGGGGAUCUGUCUUUGAAAGGAUAUCUCGCCAGAAAGCUCACAUUAGUGAGAGGCUGGGGAAGAAUCCGGAAAAGGCACCCCAGGGUUGGAUACGACCUCAGGCCAGCCAGGGAUUCAAAAUGCCAUUUGUCAAGCGUUAUGACGGCGAAUCAGACCCCCAAGAGCACAUAAAUAGCUAUGUCCAAGUGAUGAUCGCCGUGGACGCCAGUGACGCACUCAUGUGUCGGUGCUUCUUCCAGACCGUUGAUAGCAAGAAGCAUGGAGAAUCCUUGAAGAAUUUCCUUAUCCGAUGGAGGAAAGAGUCCAGGGAGGUUGAAGGAACUGAUGAUAAGUCCAGGUUGGCUAUGUUCACGGUGGCAUUACAGGAUGGACUCCUUCACACCGAUCUCACUACUCAUCCCCCGGAUACCUUCGAAGAAGCGAUGGUCCGGGCAGGGAGGUAUGUGACCCUUGAAGAAAGAAAGGAGGAGAAGAAAGAGAAGACUCCUAAAGAAGAAGAGAAGUCGGGAACCAAGAAGCCGUUUAAGAAUAAAAAGCAGGGCUUCCCGGAUGGCCCAAAGGGCGCAAAUCCUGGGACCUCAGAGAAGCAUAAACCUGCCAAUCCCGUCUUUACACUGCCAGUGGCUGAGGUCAUGGCCCAUGCAGCACAGCAGGGGCUCAUGACUUACCCAACCUAUUCUCUGAAGGUUUGCAAUGUGAAAGACACUAGAAAAUGGUGUGCUUACCAUCGCAAAAAUGAUCACAACACAGAAGAUUGUUAUACUCUGAAGAAUGAGAUGGCAAGGCUGAUCCGCCGGGGUCAUCUGAAGAAGUUUGUUCAAGAUGGUGACGCCGGAAGUCCCGGGAAUGCUCAGAAUGGAAAACGCAGAGAUAAAGAAGUAGCCCAGGCUGAGGCCCGGGAGAAACGCCACAUUGGGCUUGAAGAUGAAGAGGAGGAUUCGGAACCCGCGCCGCAUCGCCAGAAGAGACACCACGAGUGUAACUUCAUCAUUGGAGGGAAUACUGGUGGGGACUCGGCCACAAGCCGGAAGAAGUGGGCUAACGCGGCAAUGGUCAACAAGGUGCUGGUCCCGGAAGGUAAGAAGUUGAAAACCGAGCCAAUUGUAUUUUCUAAUGCUGAUCUUCCAGAGACAGGGGUCCCUCAUAGGGACGCCCUAGUAAUUACCAUUGAUAUAAUGGACUUACUGAUCCACAAAACCCUUGUGGAUACGGGAGGCUCCGUUAACAUCAUGUAUAUGGAUACAUACAAGGCUCUCGGUUUGACAAGAGAUGAAUUGUCACCCAUCAAGACUCCACUAACCGGGUUCACUAGUGACUCUAUUGAACCGGAGGGGGUAAUAACCCUCCCGGUUGAGAUAGGCGAUACUAAGGCAACCCGGAAGCUGGACAUGGAGUUUGUCGUAGUGAGGAUAAUCUCCAGCACAAAUAUUAUCCUGGGUAGACCCGGAUUGGAAGAUUUGGAGAGGGUCAUUUCACCUCGUAACCUGUGCAUAAAAUUCCCAACCCCUCAUGGAGUUGGAAUUGCCAGGGGAUCGCAGAGAGUAUCCCGGGCAUGGUAUUUGAAGGCAACCAAACAGCCGGUCAAGUACGAUACCCAAGUGGGAGAGGUGACUGCACAGCUCCUGAGGGCUGAGGAAAAACGUCCCAGAGUAGAAGUUGCCGGCGACAUUGAGGAGGUGGAACUGGAGCCAGGCACGCCGGGAAGGUUUGUCAGGAUUGCCAAGGUGGUUCAGCGGCUAACAGGAAGAUUGGCGGCCUUAAAUCGUUUCCUUUCGAAGCUGGCACAGAAGGCGCACCCAUUCUUUGCGGUGAUUAAGAAGAAGGCGACCUUUGAAUGGACACCAGAAUGUCAAGAAGCAUUUGAAGAAUUAAAGAGAUAUCUCACAAGUCCGCAAGUUUUAUCCAAGCCGGAACCUGGGGAUAUUCUGACUCUAUAUUUGGCGAUUGCGGAUUGUGCCAUGAGUACUAUGAUCGUGAGACAAGAGCGUGGGGCCCAACAUCCGGUCUACUACGUCAGCAAGACCCUGAGGGAUGCGGAGUUAAGCCGGAGCCCGGAGGCAUCGGCCCGGAUGACCAAGUGGGCGGUCUUUAUCAGUCAGUACAACGUGCAAUUCAGGCCGCGCCCAUCCAUCAAGGGGCAAGCACUCGCCGAUUUUCAAGUCGAGUGCACCGCUAGGGAAAUGACAAGAGCCCAGGUUGAAACCCGGAUGGAGAAAGACUGGUGGAUAAUGAGCAUCGACGGAUCUUCUGGGUCUCGAUCUUGCAGAGCAGGUGUCGUCCUGAUCACCCCAGAAAAAUUCCGGAUUUAUUACGCCAUCAGAUUUCAGUUCCGUGUCUCCAACAAUGAAGCUGAGUAUGAGGCCCUGAUCAAUGGGGAGUUUGAAGCAAAGGAAGAGAGGAUGAAGAGGUACCGGGACUUGUCUCUAGAGAUGUUGGGAAGGUUUGAGUUUAAGCUUGAACAUAUACCCCGGGCCCAGAACGCAGAGGCUGAUGUUCUAUCCAAGCUCAGCACAGAAUCACCAGAAUACAUAAGCAGAUUAGCAACUGUCGAAGAGCUGGUAACCCCGAGUCUUAGCAACAAUGAGGUGAUCUGGGUAUCGGCUGAUCCCCCGGAAUGGUUGGACCGAUUGGCCAAAUACAUUGAGGACGGUGAAGCCCCGGAGAAUCCCCAGGAAGCGCGUCUAUUACGAAUGAGGGCACCAACCUACAAGGGGUACUUCUGGCCAACAAUGAGGAAGGAUUGUGAAGAAUAUGUACGCAAGUGUCCGACCUGCCAACAAUUCCAGAAUAUACCCGGCAAGCCAGCCACGAAUUACACGCCCAUCAGCUCCGUGAUCCCCUUUUCAAGAUGGGGAAUCGACCUUGUGGGAGCCCUGCCGAAAGGGGCAGGGCAAGCAAGCUGGAUUGUGGUGGCGAUAGACUAUUUCACAAAGUGGGUGGAGGCUGAGCCACUUGCAGGGAUCACCGGAAGGCAGAUGAUCGACUUCGGAACCAAUAUACUUUGCAGGUUUGGGGUCUCGAAGCAGAUCAUAUCAGACAAUGGAACCCAGUUUGAGGAAGCCGAGUUUCAAGACUUUCUCAAAACUUGGGGAAUUCAGCACACGAAGGUGUCUGUUGCGUACCCUCAGGCUAAUGGACAAGUGGAGAACGUCAACAGAACAAUCAUAGAUGGAAUAAAGAAGAAGCUACUUUCAGAAGGAAGCAAAUGGGUGGAUGAACUGCCCAGAAUCCUGUGGACAAACAGGACGACUCUGAGGAGAGCCACGGGUGACACUCCUUUUGGCUUGGCGUAUGGUUUUGAAGCCCGGGCUCCCGCCGAGGUAGUAAUCCCCACCAGGAGAGAAAUGGAAUAUGACCCGGAGGUGAACGAACAGAAUCAGGCCGUAGAGCUGAAUUUCGUAGAGGAACGAAGGGAUGAAGCACGUAUCCGGGCAGAAAAUUAUCGUCGCCAGGUGAAAUCUUACUUUGAUAGCAAGGUGAAACCAAGGGCAUUCCAGGUGGGGGAUUAUGUUCUAAGGAAACGAGAGAAGAGUCAACCAACUAAGGGUGGGAAGCUGGGGAAGAAGUAUGAAGGACCUUAUGUCAUCAAGGCCGUUGUUCGCCCAGGUACCUACAAGUUGGUGACUCCCAAAGGGAAAGAAAUUGAUAGGACAUGGAAUGUAGAGCACUUGGUCAAAUUUUAUCAGUGAAUCAUUUUGUAAAACGCUCUAUUUUCUGAAUCUAAGAUGCUUGUUUCAAUAAAACUUUUCUUUUCAUGCCAAGUGCCUUUGCAAUUUCAUUGUUCUAGAGAUUUCACAAAAAAAGGAGGGGGGGAAGCACCCCCGGGCGAUAUAGACCCGCGUUACUACAGGGAGGUAGAAAAGUUUAUGCCACCUGCUAAAAAUAGGAGAGGUAGAAAAGUUUAUGCCCCCCCGGAGGUAGAAAAGUUUAUGCCUCCGUCAAAAAUGAAGGAAGGGUUGGGAU